GGGCUGGAGGGGGCAGAGGAGGUGGAGGCCUUGUGGCGCAUGCGCGCUGCGCAGGCCUCGCCAUGGCUCGGGAGCUCAUCGGCCCCGAGCUGCCGCCCGGGUUCCCGCGCUGCGCAGAGGCGGACCCGGGUGAGGACUUCAGCCAGGUUGCAGGACCAGCAUUGCCUCCAGGCUAUAAAAGCAGCUGUAGCUCAGAAACUCCUGACAGCGAUGAUGACUCGGAAUCAGUUCCUCUACCCAGAGAUACAAACAGAGAUUCUGAAGAAGAGAUAGGAGAUCCAGCACCCAAAAAGCCAAAAAGAAAUCAGGAAGAUGAUGAUGAUGAUGAUGAUGGCUUUUUUGGGCCUGCUCUUCCUCCUGGAUUUAAAAAACAGGAUGAUUCUCCAGAGAGGCCCAUUAUAGGUCCUGCAUUACCUCCUGGCUUUAGGAAACCUUCACAGGACACUGGGAAUAGCAGAUGUUCCAUAGGACUGUCUGUUUCAUCAGAAUUCCGUACCCAGGUAACAGAUAGUAGUGAGGAAGAAGAAGAAAUUAUAGGCCCAGUGCCUGCAAAAGGACCAGUGGAGUCUGAUGUCACUAAAGAAUUUGAACGCAGAGCUCAGAGAAUGAAGGAAAAACUUACUUCAGCAGACAGCGAUGAACCCAAGCAAAUUACCAGGGAAUCAUGGAUGACAGAGCUCCCACCUGAAUUGAAAAGCUUUGGAUUUGGCCCAAGAACAUUCAAGAGAAGAGCUGAUGACAAAUCAGGAGAUAGAUCUAUUUGGACAGAUACUCCUGCUGACAGAGAGAGAAAAGCCAAGGAAAGAGAAGAGGCAAAAAAGUCAACCAGUAAGGAUGAUGAAGAAAUCGUGUUAUCUGGGAGAGAUAAGAGACUUGUUGAGCAGGUGGCUUCAUACAAUGAGUCAAAGAGGUCAGAAUCUCUGAUGGACAUACAUCAGAAAAAGCUAAAGAGCAAGGCAUCUGAAGAAAAGAACAAGCCUCAGGAAAGAAGGCCUUUUGACCGGGACCAGGAUCUCAAAGUCCAUCGAUUUGAUGAAGCACAAAAGAAAGCUCUUAUAAGAAGAUCCAGAGAUCUGAAUAGUAAAUUUGAGCACAGUAAAGGCAAUAUGUUUUUAUAGCAUAUAAGCAUGAAGCUUUUUUGAAGUCAGUGAAACUUUGAAUACUUAAUUUUUUAAGUAUUUUCCUGUAAAUAUUUCUAUGCAAAAUAAAUAUCCUGUUGUUUAA